AUGUCAGAACGUCAAGCACAAGAGUUAUUGCAACAAGCCGACAAGCGAUUAAACAGCUGGUCAUGGUUUGGAGGUGGCAACAAAGAAGAAGAAGCAGCUGAAUUGUAUGAGAAAGCCGGCAAUACGUUCAAGCUAGCACAGCGCUGGAACGAUGCCGGUGAAGCCUUUACAAAAGCUGCACAGCUCUUCAUGAAAACAUCCGAUACCCUGUAUGACGCAUCCAAAGCCUAUGAAAGUGCAGCCAAAUGCUACAAAAAGAAUCAACCUGAAAUGGCGAUUUCUAUGCUUGACAGCGCUAUCAAGAUUGACAAGGAAGGUGCCCAUUUCCGAAAUGCUGCAAAGCAUCAUCAAGAAAUUGCAGAGAUCUAUGAAUCCGAUUUGAUUGAUUUACAAGGUGCCAUGUACAACUGGGAACAAGCUGCAACAUUGCACAUGGCUGAUGAUCAGCAAGCGAUGGUGAACAAAUGUCUUCUCAAGGUGGCCCAUUUUGCAGCACAAUUAGAGCAAUACGAUAAGGCGAUCGAGAACUUGGAGACAGUGGCUACAGCAUCGGCUGACAACCAAUUAACCAAAUGGUCCAUCAAAGAGUAUUUCUUGAAAGCUGGCUUGUGCCACCUAUGUACAGGGGACCUCGUACGGACUCGACAAGCUCUAGACAAGUAUUGCAAUAUGGACAUGUCAUUUGAGAACACGCGUGAAUACAAGUUCUUAGUGGGUAUCCUUGACUGCGUUGACAAUGGCGACGUUGAAUUGUUCACUCAAAAAGUAUUUGAAUUCGACCAAUUGACCAAGUUGGAUCACUGGAAGACCACGAUUCUAUUACGCAUUAAGAAAUCUAUGGAUGAAGAGCCAUCGCUUCUUUAA